UUGGUCAUGCAGCGUCCACCACAGGCAAUGCCCACAGGGGCAGUUUGCCCACCACCUCUGGCAGCACCACGAAACAUGUAUUGGCGAAAUGGCCCAUUUGGCAGACGGGCGAAUGCACAGGGCUCUGUGGCAGCUGGUCCAGUGCAGCCUGUGACGGACCCCUUUGCUUUUGGCAGGCAAGCAUCAAAAGGCUCUCUGUUGAGUGAUGUACCGAGAGGCAAUCCAUCAGCUCCGCAAGGUUUUUCUCCAGUGACAUUUCCUCCGCCAGCUGCUGUCUAUCCUUCCUGCCUGCGUGCUGGGGACAGGUCUCAUGAACAGCAGCCUUCAUUACCAGCACCCGUCUCUCAGUCUGAAGCAAACAGCACAUUUUCGGGUGUUGUGGCCCCUAUGUCCUCAGUACCUGCGCACAUUACAAAUAAUAACACUGAAAUGCAUCUAAAUCUAGAACAUAAUGAAUGCAACCCUUCAGGACAGUCUCAUCGAAUGGGAAUCACCUGUGAAAGUUCUGUUGGUGGGCACCAGGAUUUGGCCUCUGUGCCAGAUAGGCCUCUAAAUGAGCAAGAUAUGAGCAGAAACCCCACCAACCCAUCCUUGCCAUUCUUCACUUCUGCUCAACAAACUGGAACUCAGUGGAAGCCUGUCCAAGGUAGUUUGCAGCCCCAAGGCCAGACUUGUUCUCCCUACCCAGAGCCACCAUCCCAAAAUGCAUUUUAUCCUGUUACUCAGUCUACUUCUAGUGUUUCCCAACCAAGUCCACAGACUGUUCCCCAGCAGAGUCCUUCACAGCAUCCUGUUGUCCAAAAUGCUGUGCAGGGACCAUUGAUGUUUGAUGCAUCUGGCAUGAUGUGCACUCAGAGCAACAUGCAAAACACCACCUGGCAGAGUAUGGGAGCAGCCAAUCCUUGGCCGGGACAGUUUCCUCAAGAACACUUUUAUUUGCAACCACUUGAAUCAAGUUGUGGUGCUGGUCGACCCACCAUUCAGGAAAACAACCCCUCAGUCCAAUCCCAAGAUGUUUAUGAAACAGGAAGUGGGCAGUGUGCAGCUGAUGCAGAUUCAGGGAUGAUUUCCAUGUUUUUCAAAGGAGAUGAGGCUGAAAAUGAGGAGAUACUUUCAUCAGAAAAAAACAGUGAGGCUGGCAAAGUUGACUUUGAGGCUGUUCAGCAGACUGUAGGACAUACAUAUUACCAACCACUGCACUCGCAGCAGAUCUUGGCAACUGCUUUCCCUCAAACUCAAACACGUGGUAAUAUUUCAGCUGAGACUGUACAUAAAGAGAAGGAUGUCCAGCAUUCAUCCAGAGCUGCACGUCAGCCACGUGACAUCCAGGGCAAUAAAAACAUGGCCUACGUCAGUGAAGUCAAAGCUGGCCUUCCCAAAGUUCAUGGCCAUAGUGGACCACAGUAUGAAAAUGUUGAAAAUCUGGAGUGUAUUCAGAAUCAAGAAGUUUUGCCAAGCGAGGCACAGACCCAGAACUGCUCAUCGCCAGGUGCAUCUUCUGAUUCAUGUAAAUAUGCCUCACUGGGGCCACUGCUUUCAAAGAACAUCAUUGCUAGCCACACAGAAGGGGGACCAAACCUAGAAGCACCCGAUUCAUUGCCACGACCUGUCCGCCCUGAGAGCAGCUCUUCCAACUACAGCAAUCUGAGUCAUAGGAGUCUGUCUACUUCCACACGGCCGCGAGAGCUGGGCACCUUCAUUCAGCAAGAAAGCGGGAAGCCUGCUGAGGAUUCUGCAGCUGGUUUCUUUAAGCAGAUUGAUUCCUCUCCUUUGGAGGGAGAUGCAAGCGAACAGAACCAGAGUAAAAAUUUGCACAGCAGUCUUCCUCAGGUGCCAACACCAAGUCCCCCCAAACCAAUGGGAGUGUUUCAGACAAGUGCAAACAGUUCAUUUGAGCCAGUCAGGUCUUACGGGUUUGGAGUAAAACCCCUAGAGGUGGACCAGGCCAAGAUGGUGGUUGAGUUGAGGGAGAAUUGCCCAAACCAAAGGAUUACCAAGAAGAGUCCCGCCAUUCCUGUUGUUUCCCCGAGCAACCUUGAACAGCCUCCUGACAACUUGGAAACCAUUUUCAUGCCCCCUCAGGCCCAUCCUUUGCCUCUGACAGUUGCUGGUGAUGCGGGAAAUGGGCUGCAGCCCCUUGUUGGGUCUGAGGUGGAAAAUAUACAGUCAGUACCUGAGAAGAAACCAUCGACCAGAGCUCAGGGGAUCACUAAAAAGUGUGAGAGCCCAGCCACAACACUGUGGGCACCCAAUGAAUUGCCCAACUUUGGGGGCAAUGUGCUUCUUGCCCCAGCUGCCCCUGCAGUGUAUGUGCCAGCCAAGCAGACAGUUCAGGUGGUUCAACCACCUGAUGAAGGGUUACCUGGUCAGCAGCCUAGUAAACCAGGGCUGGUUCUCCCAUCAUCGCAGGCUGGAAAUACGUCUUCUGAAAACCUGGAAAAUCCUCCUAAAAUGGGGGAUGAUGAGACCCUCCACUCUCAGGCAAGCUCAGGCUAUGCCAGCCUCCUUUCUUCCCCACCUACUGAGGCUCUGCAGAACCAGCCUAUUUUAAUUGCCCAGCCAAAUCAAAGCUACAGCUUGGCACAGCCAGUUAACUUUUCUCUUGCGAAUCAGCUGAACAAGAAUGAAAAGAAUAAUUUAGCAAAAGAUCCUGGAAUUAGUAAUAAGCCUUUGGUUGGUGUACACAGCAGCAGCAACCCUUCUGGAGACAACACACCACUAUUUAUCUUGCAGUCCAGUCCUGUUUCUGCUUUAAACAAUCCUAAUUUAUUAAAAGACCCUCCCAGUUCCUCUGAAAUGACUUUAAAUAAAUCUGCAAACUUUCUGGGGCAGUCUGCCUUUCAAGUCCCACUCAGCUUGGCUUCAGAAGGUCAACAGGCAGCCAGUUUAGAAAGAUUGCCUCCUGAAUUCACCAGCAAGCCUGGCAUGAGCUCUUCUGGUUCCAGCGGCAAUACAAGCAUGAUGUCAGCUUCUGCAGCAGGCACCAUGGUGCCUCCUAAUGGCAAUCCCACAAGAUCUCAGAAUGCUUCCAGUGGUCAGGAGCUCCCCAGGGCACUUGAUUUUACGGUAGCAAAGACCAUUGAGCAGGGCAACAUAGGCAGCUGUACCCAAGUGCCAACACAGCUCCUUUCUAGUGGCCUAGGAAAACCUCAGCCAGCCUGUCUUGCUAGGCAAAUGGAGCCUGGGGUAGAUGGCCAGCAGCAUUUCUAUCCACAGGUAAUGCAAGGCACGCAGUCUCCAGCACCCUUGGAUAGAGCCACGCCCUCGCAGCAGCAAAUACAGACUGCUUCAGCAUUGCACUUGUUGCCCUCUAGACAUUCUUCAGUUCCUCCAGGAUGUAGCCCUGCCCAGGCAGCUACCAACAGGGCUUGCCUGGCGGGUCCCCUAGAAGAGAGUUCAGUACAUCUACCCACAAGCCAUAGUCAGGUUUUUGCUAAUAACAAACAGGCCACAUUGGCCCAGCCUUUGAGUGCUGCAGCUACGACCAGCCUGCCCUCUGCCUUGACAUCCAUUGGCAGCAGCCAGCCAACUGGGGCCCCCUCUGAGCAAGACCAGCAGCACCCGCUGCCUUCUCAGACCGCGUCUGGCCCACCAGCAAACCCUUACUACUACUACAGACAUCCGUACGAUGCCUAUCCACCCCAGUAUCAACCACCUUAUCCGCCCGUCGAUCCUAGGACAGCUCAUCUGUACUACCAGGAGGAUGCCUAUGGCCGCUAUGAUCGGGCUUUUUGGCAAUAUGACAGCACAGCCUACAGGGAUCCUGGAAGCUAUCGAUAUGUGGAACCUGAACGGCCCAGUUCCAGAGCCAGCCACACCUCGGACAGGCCGUCUUCCAGACAGGGGUAUCCGGAUGACUAUUAUAACCCCAAAGGUGGAUGGAGCAAUUACUAUGCUGAAUAUUAUGCAAAUCCAUAUGAUUAUGAAGAUCCAGGCCGCUGGAGCCGUUACCAAUCUGCUUAUGAUGCCAGGCUCAGAGACUCCAGGGGCUACGACCAGAGACUCUGGUAUGACUUGGAACAGAAUCCCUAUCAAAAGAGAGAGGCAUAUACAUAUGAAAACAGUCAUGAAGACCACUGGCGCUAUGACCCUCGUUUUGCUGGCAGCUUUGAGGAUGACCUGGAGCCCCGCAGGGACCCCUAUGGGGAUGAGUUAGACCGGCACAGCAUCCACAGUGAGCAUUCAGGCCACAGCCUCCGCAGUUCUCGCAGCGCUCACAGUCGCCAGAGCAGUUUCAGCUCUCGCUCUCAACAAAGCCAGCUUUAUCGAAGCAAUCAUGACCUGACCUCCAGUGCCUAUGAAGCUGCUCACCAGCCAGCCUCACUCCAUGCAGAGUAUCCCUAUAGGGGGUAUACCAGCUUGGAUAGCCAGGCGCCUUUUGCAGAUUAUGGUUACCCAGCCGCUGAACAAGUUCCUUCAAGACCUCUGACACCUGAGAAGUUUUCUGUGCCUCACAUAUGUGCAAGGUUUGGCCCUGGAGGCUACCUAUUGAAGGUAUUACCAAACCUGCCCGCAGAGGGACAGCCUGCUUUAGUUGAGAUUAGCAGCAUGGAGGUGACCCUGCAGCAUUCUUCAGAACAAGAGGAGAUGAGAGCAUUUCCUGGCCCUCUAACCAAAGAUGACACCCACAAAGUAGAUGUUAUUAAUUUUGCCCAAAACAAAGCUAUGCAGUGCUGCCAGAAUGAAACACUGAUUGACAGGGAGUCUGCGCAGCUGCUCUGGGACUUCAUUGUUCUUCUGUGCAGACAGAAUGGGACAGUGGUAGGCACCGAUAUCGCAGAGCUACUUCUGCAAGAUCAUAAAACCGUGUGGCUCCCCGGGAAAUCACCCCAUGAGGCGAAUUUGAUUGACUUUACCAAUGAGGCUCUGGAGCAGGUCGAAGAGGAGUCGGGGGAGGCUCAGUUGUCUUUCCUCACAGACAGCCUCAUUGCCACGAUCGACAGCCUUGAGAAGGAGACCGAGAGAUUCAGGGAGCUUCUGCUUUACGGCCGCAAGAAGGAUGCUCUGGAAUCCGCCAUGAAGCAUGGGCUGUGGGGUCAUGCUUUGUUACUUGCCAGUAAAAUGGACAGUAGAACUCACGCAAGAGUGAUGACCAGAUUUGCCAACAGCCUUCCUGCUAAUGAUCCCCUUCAGACUGUUUACCAGCUCAUGUCUGGGAGAAUGCCUGCUGCUUCCACGUGUUGCGGAGAUGAGAAGUGGGGGGACUGGAGACCCCACCUGGCGAUGGUCCUGUCCAACUUGACUAAUAAUAUGGAUGUGGAAUUGAGGACGAUCACCACCAUGGGUGACACGCUUGCUUCGAAAGGCCUCUUAGAUGCUGCUCACUUUUGUUACCUGAUGGCUCAGGUUGGAUUUGGAAUAUAUACGAAGAAAACAGCAAAGCUGGUACUGAUUGGCUCAAAUCACAGCUUACCUCUUUUAAAGUUUGCCACCAAUGAAGCCAUUCAAAGGACCGAAACCUAUGAAUACGCCCAGUCCCUGGGGACUCAGCAGUGCUGCUUGCCCAAUUUCCAGAUUUUCAAGUUCAUCUACGCUUGCCGACUGGCCGAGGUGGGCCUUGCUGCACAAGCAUUCCAUUACUGCGAAGUGAUUUCCAAAGCCGUCCUUCAAAGCCCUUGUGACUAUUCCCCUGUCCUUAUCAGUCAGCUGAUCCAGAUAUCCUCACAGUUACGGCUCUUUGACCCUCAGAUGAAGGAGAAACCAGAGCAGGAAUUAUUUGUUGAGCCGGGUUGGUUAGUGCAACUUCGAAACUUAGAUGAACGAAUAAAGGAGGGUACUGUAGCUUACAGCAUAGACCGAUCCACACCCCAGCAAUAUGUCUGCAAUACAUCAAGCUCUGAACUAGACCAUGUUGGCCAAAACGAGGGAAUGGGAGCUGGCCAGGAAAUGAACUUGGGUCCUGGGAACACAUUGUUGGCCUCCUUGUUGCCUACGGUGGCGCACCCCGUGCAGAGCAUCCAGCUGAUGCCUUCAGCUCCUGCAAACAUUCUUGAAGGCUCAGCUGCCCUGGUGCCUCCUCCCCAGUCAGAGGCUGUCGGUGCUGGUCCAUCCUCGGUGGGGUUGGGGCCUUCCUUUUCAAAUGCGCGUGGAGAUGAGCAGGCUGCGCCUGGCCAGGGCACAGCAAUGCCACCAGUACUGCCAGUGUCGAUCAACCAGGAAACAGCUAUACAGGGCACCCCUCACGAGUCUCCUGUCUGGAAGGCUGGACCAGAGCCCAGGGACGAUGACUUCUAUGGGAAGAUGGAAAGCAUGGGCUCGGGCCGACAAUCCAGAUCUGCCUCCCAGUCUUCAGUCCACAUGAGCUUUGGGCGGCGAUCUCGGACUACCUCGGAAUCCUCCGUGCAUUCUAUAGGACAAGAGAGACCGAAUUCCUUGGCACAGCAGCCCUCUCUGCCCCGUCUGCCUAUCCCUGAAGAGAAGGAAACCAAAAAAGAGCCAGCACCCCAAAAGAGAGGUGGAACAUGGUUUGACUGGCUAAUGCGGAAAGGCAAGAAUGAAGCUCACCUCCCUGACGAUAAGAACAAAUCCAUUGUUUGGGAUGAAAAGAAGCAGCGGUGGGUCAACUUGGAUGAACCAGAAGAAGAGAGCAAGCCACCACCACCGCCUCCUACAGGGUUCCCUAAAGCUCCUCAGGCGUCUUCCUUUGGACAAGGAGGUCCUCCCAGUGGCCCUGUCAACAUGUUCUCCAGGAGAGCAGCAGGAAACAGAGGACGCUACGUUGACAUUUUAAACCCGAGUGGAGCCAAGCCACCUGGUGCUGUCCCUGCUCCAUCCGACCUUUUUGCCCCAUUGGCCCCCAUGCCUAUUCCAUCAAACGUGUUUGUACCAAACUCUGCUCUGGAGGAGCAGCAGCCUUUAGAAGGCCAGGGGGCAGAAGAGCAGAUGGCAUCAGGGAACCAAACCGCACCAGAAAUGAGUGACGAACGUCCUUACUUAAAUUCUGCUGUCCUGCCACCUGGCUCUGAGCUCCCUUCAUCCAAUCUAGAUGGCUCCCAGUGCGGAGAGCUUUCGCGCUCUAGUUCAAUGAGUUCAUUGUCACGUGAAGUAAGCCAGCAUUUUAAUCAGCCACCUUUGGAAGGAUCCUCAACAGGAACGGUCCAGUUCUACAACCCUGCUCAGUUUGCACAGUCUGCUGCGGUUCCAGGAAGCUCAAGACUGGGUGGCAGAACGGGACAAAGAAAAUACCCCGUUUUAAAAUAGCAUACAGCAAAUUACUACUUCAUGCAUGGAUUUCUGAACAAUUACUCAAGAUCCCAUGGCACAUAGAAUCUAUUCUCAGUAGUGAGAAGAUUAUCAGUUUGUAUGGGCUGUCUACUUAGAUCAAUUACCAAAUAUACCUGUUGUCCUGAAGCCAGUUAAAAUGCUCUCGGGGACUAGAGAGGGACAAACCAACAGGAAUGUAAGGACCACACUCUGUUUCUUACAAGAAUGGAAGGCACAGGGAUGUUCCCCUCGCUUCAGCUUCUGUGACUGGAAUUUGGAGACUGCUCUUCAGUGGUUCUUUAAGUAAUUUUUGAAAGUCUUUCCCAAUGUGUAGGGAAUACGUACCCCCUUUUAACACUGCAGUUUGUGGCCUUACGGGGACUGGGGCACAAUUUUUAUGCAUAUAAACCACCAGCUGGGUUUAUUACUUACCUGAAGCAUUAAGAUAUUUGGCUGAGAUUUUUUUCCUCACAUU